AUGAACACUGUGUAUUUCAUGCUGAUUCUGUUCCACCUUCAUAUUUCGUGUGCAAAAAUUCUACAAUGUAAAGACUGUGACGAUGACAACGGUGGUAUCUCCUCCGAAUUCAAACCCAAAGGAUACCAAUGGAACAUGACGGAUUUGAAAUACACACCAGAUUUAAUCUAUAAAAUUAAUUCUCGAUACAGACGUUCUCUAUCGGACCGCUUAACUCGAGACAGCAAACUGGCUUCAUUCAUUGACCACUUCUUGCAAUUUUUGAAAGCUUUACCUGAAGUGUUGAAAAGGCUUGAGACAGAUUUGGAUCACAUUUUGAAAAAGAAUCGAAUGAAUGGAGUUAUCACUGGGAGAAUUAAGAGCUUGGAAUCCCUGUGGAACAAGAUGAAACAGGAGAAGACAAGUGACUAUAGGGAUAUCACAGACAUUGUUGGCUGUCGCGUAACUGUCCCAACACUAAGUGAUAUUUCUAAGUUCAAAAAUCUUUAUCUGCGGGCUUUUAACAAAUCCGUUACCGAGAUUAGAUGUUAUGGCGUUUGUGGACCAACACUAGAAAGCUCCGACCCUAGAGUGAAGAUUUACUGGCCAUGGAGAGGAUCAGGAUAUCGACGCCUCCAUUUUAAGGUGGCAAUUCCUAAGCUUAAAACAGCGGCAGAAAUUCAAGUGGGAACGCCUUACAUGACUCUGUGGGCAGACUGGGAGCAUGCAGUAGUUUACAAGGGUCCUAAAGACCUUCAUGAAAACAAUGAUGUCAAGGAAUACUCUCAACUUUUGGCUGAAUAUUAUUCGAUGCUUGAUAACAUAAGGGAUAGAAAUAUGCCUAAAUGCCCCGAGAUUCUAAGGAAGACGAAAGCCAAAGAGAUUUUUAGCGACCAAGAGCUGAAAAAGUUUGGUGUUCCCUUCAAUGCGUGUCACCUUUGGAGCGACCUGAGUCUAAAUAUAGUGUCCCUACACGCUACCGCAAGUGAUGUUUAA